AUGCCAAAUAUGUUCUCUCAACUUGUUGGGGCUUUUGGCCUCCUCACUGCAUUUCCUAUCCUGUCGCAAGCAGCUCCUGGUACUGAAAAGCAAUGUCAAGCUGCACGCACUGAGCAUAAGCCGAGGCUAUUUGUGCUCACGGAUAUCAGCAAUGAGCCUGAUGACCAGAUGAGUCUGGUUCGUCUGUUGACAUACGCCAACGAGAUCGACAUCCAGGGCAUCUCUGUCACUACUUCGACAUGGAUGCCCGACAAGAUCGACUAUGAGUCUGUCGUGGGCGUUCUAGAUGGCUACAAGAAGGUUGUCAACAACCUCAACGCCAAUGUCCCGUCUCAUUCGCCUUAUCCAUCUCAUAAAUAUCUGCUCGACCGGUUGCAUAAAGGGCACCCUGUAUAUGGACGAAAAUCGCUCAAUCUCACUCUGAGCGGCGGUGCUAAAGCGCUCAUCAAAGCUGCUGACAAUGCAAGCUCCAAAGACCCUCUUGCGGUCUCCGUCUGGGGCGGGUCUGCGAUAUUGGCUGAGGCCCUCCAGCAUGUUUCCCGCACUCGAAAGCAAGACGCCGUAGACGCGUUUGUGGAGAAGUUACGAGUCUACGCCAUCUCUGACCAAGAUGACACUGGCAUCUGGAUUCGCCUUCGUUACCCUCACCUAUUCUACGUUGUUUCACUGCACGGCUUCAGCGAGUACACCGUCGCAGCCUGGAACGGUAUCUCAGGCGAGGAGUAUCGCAACUUCGACCAGGGUGGUCCCGACUCUAGCCUUGUCUCCAACGACUGGCUUGAGAGAAACAUUCGUCUUGGCCCUCUGGGCUCGCAUUACCUCAACUGGACUUUCAUCAUGGAGGGCGACACGCCAGCCUUUUUGCCUCUCGUCCAGAAUGGUCUGGGUGAUGUUAACCAUCCUGACUGGGGCAGCUGGGGCGGUCGCUAUACUCUGCUCGACCAGACGAAUCAGUCACGCGUGUACGCUGAUACCAGCGACUACGUUGUGGGUGCCAACGGCAAGAGCUUCACCAGCAAGUUUGCUACUAUCUGGCGCUGGCGUCAGGAUUACCAGUUCGAUUUUGCUGCUCGCAUGCAGUGGAGCGUCAACUCAAAGUACUCGGAGAACAAUCACCAACCUGUCGCUAUUGUCAACGGGUCUUGUGGUCCAGCUCCUCUUAAGCUCAAGUACAAGCCUGGCCAGAGCGUUACUCUUGACGCAUCAGACAGUUGGGAUCCCGAUGGCGACGAGCUUACCUACGACUGGUUCCACUAUCGCGAGCCUGGUGCCUUUGGCAGAGGACUAGAGGGCUUUGACCCUUCAUUGAGGAUGAAGCCUAUCCUAACUCCGCAAAGUCCCAAUGUCAAUAUUACAAAUGUCACUUCCGAUGGUAGUGUUGUCAAGCUGGAAACAGCAAAGAAACUGAACGAUACGAUGCAUAUCAUUCUUGCGCUCCGGGACACUAAGGAACAGCCUCUUGUGACUUACAGGAGGGUCAUCCUGGAGGCGAAGUAA